UUACCUACCCUGCGUGCUGCCGUAGAGUGCCGAGAUCGCGCACGCAGAGCACGUGGGUGCGCGAGAGACAGUUGGAACGCAUCGGUGACGUCACGUGGCUUUGCCCGAACCCGGGACGAAGAGUAGGGGAGGAGGGGGAAGAGUUCGGCUGGAAGGCAGCACCAUGCAGGAUAACAUCAGAUUUGCAUCAGCUGGAGAUUAUGUUAAAAUAUGGGACUACUCAUCCAUGACUGUGGUGGAGCAAUUCAAUCCACACAAUACAUCACACCCAGUAUCAUCCUUGUGUUGGAGCAGUAACAAUCAUUUUCUGGUCACUGCUUCUGGCAGUGGUGAUAAAAUUGUUGUUUCAAGCUGUAAAUCUAAACCUGUUCCACUGUUAGAACUUGCAGAAGGGAAAAAACAGACCUGCGUUAAUUUAAAUUCUACUUCACAAUAUGUAGUCAGCGGAGGUGUGGAUAAUACUGUGAACAUCUGGGAUUUGAAAUCUAAAAGACUUCAUCGAUCCUUAAAGGAUCACAAGGAUGAAGUAACGUGCGUUACAUUUAAUGCGAAUGACUGCUAUGUUGCCUCAGGCUCUACGAGUGGAGAAAUCAUAUUGCAUAAUGUAACUACUAAUUUAUCCAGCACACCUUUUGGUCAUGGAAGCAGCCAGCCUAUACAACAUUUGAAGUACUCCUAUGUUAAGAAGUCCCUUCUGGGCACAGUGUCUGAUAGUGGCAGUGUAACCCUUUGGGAUGCAAAUAGCCAUAUUCCAUAUCAUGUGUUUGAAAGUGCUCACAAGGCCCCAACCUCUGGAAUCUGUUUUUCUCCUGUGAAUGACUUGCUGAUGGUGACCAUUGGACUUGAUAAAAGAAUUAUUUGCUACGAUGUCUCCAGCAAGAUUCUCUUGCAAACUGUAGUGGCAGAAUCUCCCCUAACAGCAGUAGAUUUCAUGCCAGAUGGUGCAACGUUGGCAGUUGGCUCCUCUCGUGGGAAGAUUUACCUUUAUGAUUUAAGAAUGUUAAGCUCACCAGUGAAAGCAAUCAGUGCUCAUAAGACAUCAGUCCAGUGUAUACAAUUUCAGCACAGCAACAUUUACAAGUCAAGCAAGGGUCCCUCAAGUAAAGCAUCCAUUAUGUCCACUGCUGUUAACAAGAAGCCUUCAACAAAGACAGCUGCUGGAGGAAUACAUAGUACUAACAUAACCAAAGAUUUACCAUCUGCUAUGUCUUCAUUACCUCAGCCUGUCAUGCCUGUAGAUAUUAAAGGACCUGGAGUGAAUGAUGAUAAAUCAGGUUUUCCAAGAAGCACCAGUCUUGAUAUAAUCCCCUCAAAAGAAACAGACUUUGCCAAAACAUCUGAUUUUAAACCUGUAGACUCAUUUGGAAGAAGUAGCUUAGGGGAUAUAUUUUCCCCUGUCCGAGAUGAUGCUUCGCAUUUCAGGGGAGCUGAAGAUUUAGCCUCCAAAGGAAACGAUCUUGAUUACCUGACUCACUUUAGUACAUUACCUGCUUCAAGGAGAAAUCCUGUGGGUGCCAAUACUCAAGGAAUACAUGGAUCUCCCCUACACCUAAUUAUUGGAAGCCCUAUAAAGGAAGAAGAUGAAUCACAAGAUUCAGAAUUAAAAACAAGGAAACCUCAUCACCUGAAACAAGAUUUUAAAGAAAGUACCUCAAAACCAGCAAGUAUUGACCAAAACAGCCUUAAUAAUUUGCCUGUUAAAUCUGUAACUCGAACGCCAGAAGCAAUUGAAAAAACAGCACACCAAAUUCUCUCCCGUUUGAAAUAUGAUGUUCCUGCACAUGGCACAAAGGUAGCAAGUCCCGAGGUAACUUCAAAUAUGAGUACACAACUUGCCAGUUCUUUGUCUGAAAAGAUAGCGGACACCCUUGCAGGUGACAAAACUGGAGCACCAUUAACAGCUGUCCAGAUUAAUUUCAUCAAAAAUAUGAUUGAGGAAACACUGGAUGACUUCAGAGAAGCGUGUCAUAGAGAUAUAGUGAACUUGCAGGUGGAGAUGAUCAAACAAUUUCACAUACAGUCGAGUGAAAUACAGAUGUUGUUGGAAAGAUACUCCUUGAACGAAAGCUUAGUUGCAGAAAUAGAAAAGCUGCGGGAAGAGAAUAAAAGAUUACGGGUCAAUUUUUAGAAGCAAAUUGGACGACUGUUAAUAAGCACUUUUUGUUUUCUGGUUAAAAGGCGAAAAUAAUAUUUCUGAAUACUCCUCUCUCCUCUGUGCCUGUAUCUGUAUCACUAUUGGGUUCAAGUAUUGGGCUUAAGGUUCUGCAUGUGCAGCAAUAGUGAACUACUUUGUGAAUGAAACUUUCUUAGGAUUCUGAGAUAAUAAGUGUCAUCGCCUUCUCAAGCCAUUCACUGAAACCAUAAAGGUUUUUCUUGAGAACAUCAGGAUUUACAGAUUGAGGAUUGCUAUUUGUUGUUGCUUAGGCAUAUUUCAUGAAAUAACAAUAUAACUCCUUUUCAGGUAUUUAUUGGAUCCAUUUUGAUUCUGGUGUAACACUGAAUCUUACACCAUAACUGGUUGGCCAAAUACAAAACUGUAUUCAAAUCUCAACUUAACAUUUAAAAGUGCCGAUCACAAAAUUUCCACUUCUUUGAACAAAAAAAGUAGUUUUGUGCAGUGAACAUAAAUGAUAACAAUGGUUUGGGUUCAGUUCAGAAGAACUGGUCAAUUCAUUUUAGGUUCUGUAGUGGGUCUUUGUCCCUUUACCGUUAACAUUUGCAAAAUAUUGCAAGUGAAAUUAUCUGUCAAGCAGAAUGCUUAUUUAUAAGUAUGGUUUUAUUCUCCCCAAGAAAAUGCAGUUAAACAUGUGAAACAUUAUAUAUAUGCCUAUCCAAGUGCCUGUUUUUAUUGCAUUGUUUAUAAAAACUACAACUUUUUUAUAAACAAUGCUGUUGCUAAACUUUUGGAGGUGAAUGAUUUUGAAAAACAUUUCUGAUAUCUAUGAGAUAACAAAAAAUGACUACAAUUUUUAUCUGUAUUUUGUAUUUAUUUAGAUUAGACAAAGAGUUAUUUUUCAACACCGUCCGGAUUUGCAUACAUUUUUCUAUUUUUUUUCUUGGAUAAUAACCUGAGUCUGUAUUAACACUAUUUAUAUAGUGUAAUGUAUAUCAUUUGCCGGAUGUAGCCUUUGAUUCCAGUUCCAACUAAAAUGUGUCUGUAAAGUAAAAGUCUUUUUCUUGUU